AGUCGCAUGUGCCAUGUGGUAACAUGUAAACAAUAAAUAUCGAACAGCUGAUUUCUAUUAAAUAUGUCAAUGUUUGCUAAAAUAGGCUUACCGCUAUCAUGCACGGGCUUUGGACUUAUUUUAGGAGUGUGUUAUGAACGAAACAAAGGAUAUUUUAAUUUUCUGCCUAGUGAAAACAAUUUUCUAAAGGCGAACGGGCGUUUCAAGGACGAUUGUAUAAAAGAAAGAUUUCUCUCCGAUAGCUUACAAUCUUUCAUUCAGUUUCCAACAGUUUAUGCCUCUACUCAACUAAGCAAACCUCGAAAUCGCCUGCAAGAAAUACUUACGUUUGGGGUGCCAACCUUCGAUCCUUUGCGUCCUUUUGAAGAUCAUGUUGUGUUAUACGACCGACGAAACAGGGUCCCACACUGGGUAUUCGAACACAUCCGCAAAGAGCACGUCGAAAAGAAUGACAGCGUUACAAGACAGUCAAGUGAGUUUGUAGAGGACCCGUCCAUUCAUCCUUUCUUCAGGGCCACUGAUUCUGAUUACAGGGGAAGUGGUUAUGACAGAGGACAUAUGGCGGCAGCUAGCAAUCACAGACAUUCUCAAAAAGCCAUGAAUGACACAUUCUUCUUCACCAACAUUGCACCACAGGUUGGUAAGGGUUUCAAUCGGGACGUAUGGAACGAUCUGGAAAAAUAUGUAAGAGCACUGGCCAGGAAACACAAAAAUGUCUACGUGUGUACCGGGCCUCUGUAUCUACCAAGAGUGGAACCAGAUGGUAAACUAUACGUGAAGUACGAAGUGAUUGGCAAAAACAAUGUUUCGGUCCCAACUCACUUUUUCAAGGUCGUUGUUAUGGAGACUGAAAAAGGAGAGUUUGCAAUGAAUUCAUUUGUAAUACCCAACCAGCCCUUCCCUAAGAACACUCCAUUGAAGAAUUUUCUGGUUCCCUUGGAAACAAUAGAAAGGGCAGCGGGAUUCCUUAUAUUUGACGGAGUUCCCAAACAAAGACUGAGAAUAAUUAAUGGAAAAAAUGUCUGACAAACUUAAAACAGAGAUACUGAUUGAGUACUAACAUAUUUAUGAUGACUUUUUAAUCUUGAAAAUAAAUUUUUAAUGUUUUGCUAUGGUUGUUUAUGGUAU